AAGUAUUACUAAGCUAAGAUAUCAGAGCCAAAUAAAAUUAUCCAUCAAGAAAACUAUGGCACUACCAAUUUCUACCGACAUUGCUUUAUUAAUUUUGCUCCUCGUUCCAAUCUCUUACUCCUAUCCACUAAAUAUACUAUUAGAUGUGUUGGCCAAAUCUUCUAUCCCAGAUGGCGAUGUUGAUCUUCUUGAGUUCCCAAUAAAUUUAGAGUAUUUAGAAGCUGAGUUCUUUCUGUAUGGCUCUUUGGGUGACGGCUUAGAUGUCUUUGCUCCAAAUUUGACCUCUGGAGGUCCACCACCAAUUGGUGCUACGAAGGCUAAACUUGACCCUUUCACAAGAGAUGUUAUCAGGCAAUUUGCUUGGCAAGAAGUUGGACAUCUGAGGGCAAUCAAGAACGUAGUAAAAGGAUUUCCAAGGCCAUUGUUGGAUUUGAGGGCGGAAACAUUUGCAAAAGUUAUAGACGAUGCAUUUGGACAACCACUAUUUCCACCGUUCGACCCUUAUGCUUGUUCUCUUAACUUCCUCAUUGCCUCCUAUAUUGUUCCCUACGUUGGCCUUACAGGAUAUGUUGGAGCAAACCCAAAACUUAGUGCUUCUAUUUCAAAGCAGCUUGUGGCAGGGCUUUUAGCUGUGGAGUCUGGACAAGAUGCAGUUAUUCGGACAUUGUUAUACGAGAGGGCAAUAGAGAAGGUGUACCCAUAUAAGAUAACAGUGGCAGAGUUCACAGAUCGCAUUUCAGAGUUAAGAAAUAAGCUAGGGAAUAAUGGUAACAAGGAUGAAGGCAUUAUAGUUGCCAAGGAGCGAGGCGCAGAAGGCCAAGUAAGAGGAAAUGUGCUUGCCGGAGAUGAAUACUCGGUCGGAUAUCCAAGAACACCAGAGGAGAUAUUGAGAAUUGUAUAUGGUGGAGGUGAUGAACAUGUUCCUGGAGGGUUUUACCCAAAGGGUGCUGACGGUCGUAUUGCUAAAUCUUACUUGCGCAAGCAUGGUUAGGACAUACAUAUUACAUAUGAAUGCAAUGUACUAAUGUUUGGGAAUUAUGAUCUUUUUAGCAACAAGUUCUGUUUGUA